AUGGGGAAUGAGAUUAAGAUUCCAGAAGAGAGUUUCCAUUAUACGGUACUACUGUUACGUGAGGCUGUUGCUGACCUCCCCUCCCCCUUUUCUCUCUCUGCAAAGAAUGAUUUGGUUGGCUGGGUGGACCUGGGCGGAUCGUACGUGGGCCCCACGCAGAACCACAUCCUGCGUCUCGCCAACGAACUGCAAGUGGACACGUAUAGGAUAUUCGACGACCUCAAGUUGCUGCACUUCAGCGAGGGCAAGGCGUACCCGUACGAAACCACAUGGGCCCACUUCGGCCUCAAUGACCCCCUUGCAUGGUUCGACAUCAACUACGUCAUGCGCAGGAUGGACAUUAUGAUGGAGCAGGUUCCCGCUGUAGAUCCGUGGAACUGUCCCCACGCGGAGGAGUGGGAUGCUAUGACGCUGCAGAGCUUCUUCGAGAAGGAGUCAUGGACGAAGGGCUGCCGCGACUACCUGAGCGCCCUGGCGCAGGUAAACCUGUCCAAUGAGCCAAGCCAGGUGUCCCUGCUGUGGGCUCUGUGGUACAUCAAGUGCUGCGGAGGGAACCGCAGGAUGUGCAGCACAUUCAAUGGAGCACAGGAAAGGAAGUUCGAAAACGGUGCCAUGACAGUUUGUGAAAGGCUCCUGCAGCUGCUGGAAGGUAGGGUUGAGUUCAACGCCCAAGCAUGCGCCCUUCAGCAAGACGAGAAUGGCGUCGUCGUGGGUGUCUUCGACGGCAGGGAGUUCCAGGCUGAUUACGUCAUAAUGACAAUCCCGCCGCCCCUACAACUGAAAAUUCAUUACGAGCCUCCACUGUCACCUCUGCGAAACCAGCUCAUACAACGUACGCCGGUUGGCUCGGCGUUCAAGAUGAACAUUUAUUACCCCAAGCCCUUCUGGAGGGAAGCAGGUUACGGUGGAAUAGCAUCCUGUGCCGACGACAGCCUAGCUUUCAACAUUACCACGGAUGACUGCAGACCUGGAUUCUCCCUGGCGGCCCUCACAAUAUUCGCCAUUGGUGACAAAGCCUUGAGGCUGCAGGAACUGCCGAAACAGGUCAGGCCCAAAGUCAUCGCUGCAGAUUUGGCGAGGGCCUUCGAACACGAAGCAGCCUACAACCCUGUACACUUCGAAGAGAAGAACUGGCUCGAGGAACAAUACUCAGGCGGUUGCUACGUGUCCACUUUCCCGACAGGGGUCAUGAGCAAGUAUGGAAAGACCCUGCGGGAACCGUUCGGCCGAGUGUACUUCGCGGGCACGGAGACGGCAACGGCGUGGCCUGGCUACAUGAACGGCGCUGUGCAGGCUGGAGAGAGGGCUGCCAGGGAGGUCCUAUGUGCGAUGAAGAUUCUACGGAAAGAUGAAAUCUGGGAGGAAGAACCAGAAUUUAAGGGUGUGAAGGCGCGGCCAUUCGAGAUGUCCUUCUUGGAGCGGCAUCCCCCUCAUGUGCUGCUUGUCGGGGCAACGGGAGCCGUCGCCGCAUCAAGCGUUGCUUGUGUGGUGGGCUACUGCGUAUGGAAGGCAGUCACCGCCAUGCGAAGCUCAUAGACCAUCCGGCUGAGAAGCAUUCUCAAAUGCGUACGGGUUCUUCCUCAGAAGGGCCUUAUCCACAGAUGGCGAAUUCACCGCUGAAUAUGCACGACCGCAGAGCAUUAGACAUCAGCAAUAGCACGCACGUCACCGCAACAGUCUAUUAAUAAGGCUCUCAAGAGUACUCUCUUGUUCGAGCCAGAUUUGCGAUGCCACUCUGACGUCAGAGGCGCAUGGAUGGAUACGAGGUGACGUCUAACGUGCGACGGGUCUGACGUAGCUUCUCAUGCUGCUGAAAUUUCGAGGAACCGGUUAAAGAGUUCUUCGACGUGGUUGCUGGUACCGCUGAUGGCGUACCAGACCUAGUGCAGCGUCGCCCCGCGUGAAAGAGAAGGCUCGACCACACGCUUGCCAGUUUACUACCCUACGAAAAUGACGCUACUGACAAAAUCUCAAAGCUGCUUCCGAAAAGACGCCUUGUUCUUUGUGGAACAGAGGGUACGAAAAUUUGGCUUUGCUAGAACCACGGAGCUAACGCGGAGCCAUUUUCUUCUGGAGCGCUGCGAACCAGUUGUGCGCAAAAGUGGUGGUGCCAGUAGCGUAGGCAUCGCUUUGGCAUUCCAUGUCGGACCAUGCUAUAACUUUUUAUUAAUAUUGUAUUUUUCAUAUGCUAAUUGCACAUUAAGGAGCACGUCAUGUUUCAUCGCUUUGUAUUGGAAAGA